ACCCAGAGGAAAGGGGAGCCUGCCCUUCCUCAGAAUUUUAUGAGACUUUCAACAAGUUUAACUUUGGAGGUCAGAAUAGCCAACCUAGAGGAUUUGGGAAGCGGCUACUGGAGAAAAGAUGAACAGCGGAAAGUGGGAAACUCUAGGCAGUCGUGGCCCGUUAGAGAAAUAAAGACUCCUCUCACCUUGGAGGACCCCGUUGCUCUCCAAAGAGUGAGUGUAAGUGACCCGCCUACAGUGGGGUCUCCUCCCCAGCCCGCUGGGGGGCACAGACAGGGCGCAGUGUCCGCACUCCCUGAGGCUGGGACCUGGCAAAUCUCCCCGCCCAGCUGUGUAACCUUGGGCCAGUUACUUAACUGCUCUGGCCUCUCCUCAGCUCUGCACGGGCAUGUGACUCAGAGUUAGGCUGUGGACUACAGGGGCGUGUGUGAGGCUUCGCACGGUGCUCGGGCCUGGUGUCAGUCAUUCCCCCGCCUCCCGCAGGGUGUCGCGCACCUUGGGGAAUGGGUGGUCCACUGAAGAGCCUGCAGGUAGGAGCCCACAGAACUCUGGGGUUGAUGUUCCCUGUCUCUCACCGUCUUUGAGAAAGUAAAAGCCUCUCUGAUACGUUUCUAUAUCUGGAAAAUAGACCUUAUCAUGCCCACCUCACGGGGUCUCCAGAUGACGGAUGAAAAAGAGCCUGUCUACGUUCCCUUCCUGAUUGUCGGCUCCAUCUUCAUCGCCUUCAUCAUCCUGGGCUCUUUAGUGGCUAUUUAUUGCUGCACCUGCUUGAGACCCAAGGAGCCCUCCCAGCAGCCAAUCCGCUUCUCACUCCGCAGCUAUCAGACAGAGACCCUGCCCAUGAUCUUGACCUCCACGAACCUCAGAGCACCUUCUAGGCAGUCCAGCACAGCCACCAGCUCCAGCUCCACAGGGGGCUCCAUCCGAAGGUUCUCCUUCGCCAGGGCAGAGCCAGGCUGCCUGGUGCCCUCGCCGCCCCCGCCUUAUACCACAGGCCACCCAAUCCACCUGACCCAGCCGUCCGGUUUCCUGGUGUCACCCCAAUACUUUGCUUACCCACUCCAGCAGGAGCCCCCACUGCCUGGUAAGACCUGUCCAGACUUCAGUUCCAGUUGACAGGCCCCAGCCGCAGACCUGCCACGUAGCACCAGGGCAGACAGGUGGGGCACUGCCACCAUUGCCACAAAUAUUUCCAAGGAAACUCCCCUUGGGCCCAGCAAUGUCGUGAUGAGAGUGCUGGGAAAACACGACACUUUCUAGUCUUAAGGUUCCUGGCUCCAAUCACAGAAUGACUGUGUUAGAUAGUUGCUUUCUGGCUUUGAAAACAUGGUGACCGUUACAUUUCAAUUUAUGCUUUUAUUCAAAAUAUACAGCAGUUCAACUUUAAAGUUGCAAACGGGUUGGAGAUAUUUUAUUGGACAACUUGGCUGUACUGUUCAGGAAAGGUCUGCAUGUUCUUUUUUCAUUAUAAGUUGUUUAGUGAGUUAUAAUACAAAUAUAUUCAUAAAUAAGCAAAGGGAAGUACCUGGUUGUAAUUACUGAAGGUUCACUUAAAAGAAUUAACUAAUAAGUAAACGGAAGGGACGGUGAACAACCUAUUUAUGAUUUUGGGAGCAACCUAACCAUGAAUAAUAUUAGCAUAGUCAGAAACAGUUACUUUUUAAAUUAAUAACUAAAUUGUGUUUAAGAUAUAAGAGCUUUUUCAGACUACAAGAUUUCAAUAACCACAGAAGGUGUUUAGAGUUUUAAAUAUUUACUCAGAUAUCAUUGUAACACAGAUCGUAUGUUAAAGCAUUCCCCUCACCCACCCGAGGGAAUAUUUAUUGCAGACUUUUUGUUCAGCAAUAUUUUGUGUUUAAAUGAAAGUUGGACAGUUGGGUCUUAAAACAUUUAUAUGUAAAAUGAGUUAUGUACAAAUGUAAAGAUUUCUAAUUUAAUGGAUUUACCACAUUGACGGUACUAAUUAUUUAGUAGUCACACUGUAAUUUUUUAUGUUAAUGUUAACUGUGGAGCUUCAAGUCCAGCUACUGGUUAUAAUCAUCUAAUAUUACAUAUCGUAAAUGUCACUGAAUU